AUGUUCCUGAGAGUGAGAGAUCUUGAAGCACGUUUAACGCAAUUAAGUAGUGAUGUGGAGGCUCUCAGGAGGGAGAAGCUCUCGUUUGACAAUUUGAACGGAUCAGAGGUAUGUCUCUAUACGUCCUUUAACCGAGAGACAUUCUCCAUUCUCCGUGAUUUCCUUAGAGAAUGGAUGGAAGGAAACUGUUAUCGAAAGACAGAGGAAGGACCAGUGUCGCUUAACUGUGAUUCACAACUACUUCUUACUCUAAUGAAGUUCAAGCAUGCAUUCCUUGACGAAGAUCUGGCUGUGAGGUUCCACAUUAACCAGGAAGGAGUCAAGAGUGUGAUUAUCAGAACCCUGCAACACCUUCUUGAUGUUUUACGUGACCUUGGUGUCUUGAAUAACUUCGAAAAUGAAUUUUUGGAGAAUGAAGAGGAAAUUCCAUGGAACAGUGUGGUGUUCCAUGUCAUAAACAUGAAAUCGCUUGAUAAAGGUGUUUCACCCAAGUACCUUCGAGCUCUCUUAGUCAUUGGUUCCAAUGGAUUCAUCAGACACGUUACUAAGUGCUAUUCUGUGGAAUACGACUGUGAAAGCAGUAUUUUUCCUCCCUUGGACAACUGUGAUAUAAGAGCUUUGGUGAAGCUCGGCCACAAUCUCCAUGUAGAAGAGCGUUAUGUCAAUGAUCUAAAGGCAGUGAUCUCAGAGCUCAGUCCGCUUGAAACAUCUGUAAUGGUGAAAGGAACUGGACCCCAUUUAAAACACCUCAAACAGGUUAUCCAAAGGCUGGAAUCAUUCAAAAUAUUGGACUGCCUUACAAGCGUUUUGCUUCCUCAUGCAACUACCCUCCUGGAAGUUAUUGCCUGUAUGGUCAACAUUGGAAUCCUGCAAGAUAAAGCAGGCCUGAAUUCCAGUAAAAGUCUACAAGGAAGAAAGGAAUCUCUCUCCUGUGAUCAGUCCCGCACUGGCCACAUUUGUCCUCACUGCAACAAGUUGUUUGCCAAGAAGGAUACAUUGAUGGUGCACAUCCGUUCCAUUCAUACUGGUGAGAGACCCUUCCAUUGCCCCCAUUGCACAAAAACCUUUGCUGCAAGAAGCAAGCUCAAUGUCCAUUUGCAAGAUCAUGAUGACAAGAACCACAUUUGCCCUGAAUGUGGGAAAAUUUUCAGGCGCUGGGACCUUCUAGAGAAGCAUUUAAAGACACAUUCCCAAGAAAAGCCUUUCAAGUGUCCUACAUGUCCCAAGGCUUUCAACAUGAGGAAGAAACUCACUGAUCACUUGAAGGUUCAUGAAAAGAGACAUUCAGCUGGUGGUGAACACAGUUCAUGGCUGAGGCAAGAACGGAAGUCUCCAAAGAGACAUAAGGUUGAAGGUCUCUAUGCUUGCCCAAUGAAAAAGUGCAAGGUUGGGUUUCCUGACAUGGCACUGCUUCAGAAACACUUCAGAGCUCACAUCAAAGGAAGAUCAUACAUGUGUGAAGAGUGUGGACUUCUUGUCACAUCUCAAUUCACAUUGCAAAGGCACCAAAAGGUUCAUCGGUUAAAGAGUCUGAGUGUGGAUGCAGUUUCAGAAGAAGUUUUGAAACCAUUCCAAUGUGACUAUUGUUUGAGACGAUAUCAGACGAAGGAGAGCCUAUAUCAUCAUUCACGGCAUCAUCAAGGACCUCCUCAGUUCCAGUGCAAUGUCUGCUUUAAAAAUUUCUUCCGCUCUGACUCAUUGUCAGCCCACAGGCUGCUUCAUGGUGGAAGGAAGUGUGAGAUCCAUCGCACUUGUGAGGCAGGCAAGGACAGAAAGGCAGGGAAUCAAGUGUCUUGCUGCUUUUGCAGUGCAUCCUAUUCCUCUCAUCAUGACUUCCUUGUUCACAUUCAAAAGUCCCACUGGGAGGAAUUCCCUCUCCGCUGUGAGGCCUGCUGCCUUGGCUUUUGCAAGGUUGUCAAUUACAAAGCCCAUAUUCGCACUCAUCAUUCAGGAUCUAGCUCUGCCUUGGCUGCCAGCACUCUAGAGGCAGGUGUUGCAUGUACCCCAGUGAGUCCUGCCAAAAAUGUUGUCAAGGUGAGUCAGGAUGAAUUCCCCUUGGAUGUGGGUGAUGCAAGAGACAUCCUCCUUCCUGACUACCAAGAUGGUCAGGAGUUUCACAUCUCUGGAACUCGAGAGAGCUUAAUUACACCUGUCAUGGAAGUGGAGCAGCAGUUCCACAACCAUGAGAUUGAUGUUUAUCUCAAUGAUGAUGCUGUUUCUCCGAGUUGUGAUUAUAUGCUCACACUUCCCAACCUCCUCCCAUUUCUGAUGGAUGACAUGGAAGAAAGAUGGAUGCAGAAAGGAUUGCGAGCUGCUCUCCAGUUGACUUCCCCACAGGGAAAGAAGCUGGCUAGAGUGGGACCCUCAAUCCUGAAUUCUGAUCUGUCCAAUCUGGCUGGAGAAUGUGAACGCAUCAUGAACAGUGGAGCUGAUUACCUCCACUUGGAUGUCAUGGAUGGUCACUUUGUGCCCAACCUCACUUUUGGACAUCCUAUCAUAAAGUGCCUCCGGCACAAGGUCAAGGAGGCUUUUUUUGACAUGCACAUGAUGGUUGCCAACCCUGAGGCUUGGGUGGAACCAGUGGCUGAUGCUGGUGGGGAUCAAUAUAUCUUCCACCUUGAAGCAACAUCUGACCCAAAGACUUUGUGUCGAAAAAUUAGAGAGGCUGGCAUGAAGGCAGGGAUAGGAAUCAAGCCGAAAACUCCAAUUGAAGCAGUGGUGCCACAUGUUCCCCAUGCAGAUGUCAUUUUGAUCAUGACUGUAGAACCAGGAUUUGGCGGGCAGAAGUUCAUGGCUGACAUGAUGCCCAAAGUGGAAUUCCUGAGGAAGACCUUCCCUGAGUUGGACAUAGAAGUUGAUGGUGGAGUUGGGUUGGACUCUGUGCAGACCUGUGCUCAGGCUGGAGCAAACAUGAUUGUGUCAGGGACAGCUGUGACAGGUAGCAGUGAGCCUCAAGUCGUCAUUGCUGAACUUCGUCGGACUGCUCAGGAGCUUCUGGACAAGCACACAUGAUAUCAGUUAUACUUGAUCCCCUAUGCUGUGCUAAUUUUGCUUUUUAAAUUUUUGGUUCAUGCUGGGGAGGGUAUCCAUGCUCUUUCCUGUGAAGCACAUUUGUGCUACUCCUGUCACUCCCUUCCUGCAGGAAAUGUUUUGGGCUAUUUAUUUUUAUAUUUGGAUAAUAUAGUAUUUUGAGAGA